GGCUACUACAUCGCAGCCUUGAAGCGGAUGGCUCUCCGGCUGACGCGCGAGCCAGACGCUCACAGGGCCAAGUGUAUCGCGCAGUGCACACGAGUCAAAGCUGCCUCUGAUGGAGGAGGCAGACGUCUUUGCGUUGGCAUCGUGAGGGGCAUCGAAGAAGAUCGCGUGGCAGGCUAUGAGAUACGUCUUCCACGGCUACGACAUGGCCGAGAUAGGCCUCCUGCAGUCAAAGAGUCCUCUCGCCACUGGGACGCACUUGACGUGGUCUCCAAGUGUGCUGCGAAGCCAGUUGCUGCCGAAACUGGUCGAACGGCUGCAUUGCGCUUGGGUGGCCCGGCGCAAAUGGCAAAGGCCAUGCACAAGGACAGCUCUGGUUCCCUCCAAGCCGCGCUGACGAUGGAGAAGGACGUGCUGGACUUGGUUAUCGACCUCUUGGGCCUUAGACAGCCUGCAGUGACGCAGGCCGUGGCAGAGUUGAUCGUCUGCGGGCCGCUGCUCUCGCAGCUUCACGUGCUGGCGGAGCGGCACCGGUACAUGAACAGACCCAAGAGCAUCUGGGAGAUAAUGAUGAUCGAUGUCGAGAACAACGGGCGGCCGCCUUGUCGUUGCACCGGUCAUGGUCACGAGGCCGCCGAAGCGGAGAUGGCCUGCGCUGCCGAAGAGGAUCCACCGGACCAGCUUGCUGCCGUGCUGGCCGUCCGCUCCCUGGCCAGAUUCUUGCAGAAGAUGCAGACGGAGCGUGUGUCGGGAGUCUUGGUCCCAUUGAUUCAGCUGCUGCUGUGGCCAGCGGUGCUCGCAGCACUGGCAGAGAGCAAGGAGCCAGCGAACGCUGACAAGACGAGGGCAGCGGUUCAGGCUCUGGGCGAGCUGUGCACAGCCUGUGGAGUGGAGGAAGCGGCGCUCGCAACCUCCGAGGUGUCCGCACAGCAGCGCUUGUCGGAAAGGCAGAUCUGGCUUCGAGAUUGCACCGGCGCAGAUCUUUUGGGUAAGGAGAAGGGGAUCAGCAAUCCUUUCCGCGGGGCCAUCCAGGCCAUGCUGGACGAUCAGAGCAUGAUGGGCGUCUCGGGCCUUGACAAUGGCUUUGGACGGUGCUGCUGGGCGGACAGCACCGAGAGGCAGUGGAAGCCGUCUCUUCUCUCUGGGAGGCGCAACCCUGCAGCGGAGACGCGCGUUGCAGGGCAUGCUGAUGCUAUGCAGGAUUUCCCCCGAACACUGGAGGGAUUCGAAGAGCUGCUCCGCUUGGUGUCCGAAGGCCUGACGGAGCGAGUUCCACAUUUGAACUCGACGGCAAACGCGCUCGCCGAAGGCAUCGAGCAGCUCGGCUUCGCGCUCUCCUUUUCCGAGGAGAAGCACGCUGGCUUCUUCCGCGUCUUUCAGGAGCGGAAGGGCCUGAUGCUCCUUGUCCAGCACGGACUGCUGGCAAAGCACACGCUGCGGCGUGUGCGCCAUGCCCUCUUCCGCACCUUGUCGCUGCUUAUGGUGAACGUGCGCGACGACACGUUCGAUGCCAUGUUGGCAAGCGGUGAGCUGCACCUGUUGGCAAAGGGGCAGCCGGAGAUCCCGGACAACUCCCACGAUGCACUGGGCUACUACAUCGCAGCCUUGAAGCGGAUGGCUCUCCGGCUGACGCGCGAGAAUGCGGAACUGUUCUUGGAGGAGUCAAAGCUGCCUCUGAUGGAGGAGGCUAUGAGAUACGUCUUCCACGGCUACGACAUGGCCGAGAUAGGAGCAAGAACGGUUUGUCUUUGCCUCCUGCAGUCAAAGAGUCCUCUCGUGCAUGGCGCAGCCGUCGAGGUGCUGCGAAGCCAGUUGCUGCCGAAACUGGCCGAACGGCUGCAUUGCGCUUGGGCGCAAAUGGCAAAGGCCAUGCACAAGGACAGCUCUGGUUCCCUCCAAGCCGCGCUGACGAUGGAGAAGGACGUGCUGGACUUGGUUAUCGACCUCUUGGGCCUUAGACAGCCUGCAGUGACGCAGGCCGUGGCAGAGUUGAUCGUCUGCGGGCCGCUGCUCUCGCAGCUUCACGUGCUGGCGGAGCGGCACCGGUACAUGAACAGACCCAAGAGCAUCUGGGAGGCAUCUGACAUGCCUGCUUGCUUGCGCUGGUCUUGGAUCGUGUCAGUCUGCUGCGGGCCCUUGCCAGCGCCGGAGCGAGUCGAUGCGAUGCAGGCCGUCGAAGCGGAGAUGGCCUGCGCUGCCGAUGCCGAAGAGGCCAAGGUCGGCUCCCUGGCCAGAUUCUUGCAGAAGAUGCAGACGGAGCGUGUGUCGGGAGUCUUGGCGGUGCCCGCAGCACUGGCAGAGAGCAAGGCCUGUGGCGAGAGAGGGCCAGCGAACUCUGACAAGACGAGAGCAGCGGUCCAGGCAGGGACUUCGCACAGUCUUACAGAGUCUUACAUUUACGUUGCUCUGGGCGAGCUGUGCACAGCCUGUGGAGUGGAGGCAGAGCCGGACUCGCCUGAAGUGAAGCGGCGCUCGCAACCUCCGAGGCACCGAGACAAGCUGCACUGUGAGGGCAUCUCUACUGCAGCAGCAGCACGGAAGAUGCUCGCCGGAGGUGUCCGCACAGCAGCGCUUGUCGGCAGAUCUGGCUUCGAGAUUGCACCGGCGCAGAUCUUUUGGGUAAGGCAGCAGAAGGGGGAGAAGGGGAUCAGCAAUCCUUUCCGCGGGGCCAUCCAGGCGCUUGGAUCAUGGUGCGCUGCUCGCUUGCAGUAUCGCAGAGCCCUCUCCAGAGAAAGCCCGGGCCUCGUACUCGAGUUCGUGCAGGCGUUGCAGGGCAUGCUGCUCCGCUUGGUGUCCGAAGGCCUGACGGAGCGAGUUCCACAUUUGAACUCGACGGCAAACGCGCUCGCCGAAGGCAUCGAGCAGCUCGGCUUCGCGCUCUCCUUUUCCGAGGAGAAGCACGCUGGCUUCUUCCGCGUCUUUCAGGGCCUGAUGCUCCUUGUCCAGCACGGACUGCUGGCAAAGCACACGCUGCGGCGUGUGCGCCAUGCCCUCUUCCGCACCUUGCCCCUGGGACCUGCGAUUCUGCUUGUGCAUCUUGUGCGCGACGACACGUUCGAUGCCAUGUUGGCAAGCGGUGAGCUGCACCUGUUGGCAAAGGGGCAGCACCGGGCUCGGCCGGAGAUCCCGGACAACUCCCACGAUGCACUGGGCUACUACAUCGCAGCCUUGAAGCGGAUGGCUCUCCGGCUGACGCGCGAGCCAGACGCUCACAGGGCCAAGUGUAUCGCGCAGUGCACACGAGUCAAAGCUGCCUCUGAUGGAGGAGGCAGACGUCUUUGCGUUGGCAUCGUGAGGGGCAUCGAAGAAGAUCGCGUGGCAGGCUAUGAGAUACGUCUUCCACGGCUACGACAUGGCCGAGAUAGGCCUCCUGCAGUCAAAGAGUCCUCUCGCCACUGGGACGCACUUGACGUGGUCUCCAAGUGUGCUGCGAAGCCAGUUGCUGCCGAAACUGGUCGAACGGCUGCAUUGCGCUUGGGUGGCCCGGCGCAAAUGGCAAAGGCCAUGCACAAGGACAGCUCUGGUUCCCUCCAAGCCGCGCUGACGAUGGAGAAGGACGUGCUGGACUUGGUUAUCGACCUCUUGGGCCUUAGACAGCCUGCAGUGACGCAGGCCGUGGCAGAGUUGAUCGUCUGCGGGCCGCUGCUCUCGCAGCUGCACGUGCUGGCAGCACUCGCGGAGCGGCACCGGUACAUGAACAGACCCAAGAGCAUCUGGGAGGCAUCUGACAUGCUUGCGAUUGCUUGCGCUUGUCUUGGAUGGUGUCAGCCUGUUGCGGGUCCUCAUGCGAAGAUAAUGAUGAUCGAUGUCGAGAACAACGGGCCCUUGCCAGCGCCGGAGCGAGUCGAUGCGAUGCAGGCCGCCGAAGCGGAGAUGGCCUGCGCUGCCGAAGAGGCCAAGCUCGGCUCCCUGGCCAGAUUCUUGCAGAAGAUGCAGACGGAGCGUGUGUCGGGAGUCUUGGUCCCAUUGAUUCAGCUGCUGCUGUGGCCAGUCGCGACCUCAGCGGUGCCCGCAGCACUGGCAGAGAGCAAGGCCUGUGGCGAGAGAGAGCCAGCGAACGCUGACAAGACGAGGGCAGCGGCUCUGGGCGAGCUGUGCACAGCCUGUGGAGUGGAGGCAGAGCCGGACUCGCCUGAAGUGAAGCGGCGCUCGCAACCUCUGAGGCACCGAGACAAGCUGCACUGUGAGGGCAGAUCUGGCUUCGAGAUUGCACCGGCGCAGAUCUUUUGGGUAAGGCAGCAGAAGGGGGAGAAGGGGAUCAGCAAUCCUUUCCGCGGGGCCAUCCAGGCCAUGCUGGACGACCAGAGCAUGAUGGGCGUCUCGGGCCUUGAGAAUGGCUUUGGACGGUGCUGCUGGGCGGACAGCACCGAGAGGCUUCGCCAAAGAGCGGCCAGCAAAGCAUUCUUGCAUGUCACGGGUCACAAGUCGCAGGAGCCAGCG